AUGGAAGAGACUGCUGGACAACCAUUAGAACAUUUUAUAAACGAAAUUAAAACACUUAACAGUUUAACAUAUGAGGAAUUGUUUCAAGCACUUCCGAAAACGUAUGAAGACCAUUUAACUGCAUUUCUCCGACUUCCAAAAGAUCCCACCUUUGAAGUUUAUGUCUCGCGAGUUAACUCCUUGGCGGACCAAAAAGGGGAUGCUUCAUUACUCAUUCCUUUUGUUACUGUUUUUAACACUAUUAAACAACAGAAGAUGAGAGUGUUAACUUCGAUAGAAUCCACCGCAUUGCAUUACUUAUUGAUGACACCGACAAACGCACUGAUCUCAUUCAAUGACUUCCACGACGUGUUUUACACACAAACGACUCUAUCGACAAAAAACUUGAGGGCGUUCUGUUACUGGGCCGGUUGCUUGUUUUUAAGAGCGAAGUGGUACGAGCAAGCCAGUUCAAUGUUUUAUAUUUGUGCGUCGACGCCAUGUCCAUUAGAUGCUCCAAGUGUGUUAGGAAUAGCUGCUGUUAAGAAGUUGAUACUUCUCAUGACUUUCACUACUUUUAAAAGAACUAUUCCGUCGCCUUAUAAAUACACUACACCAAAAUUGUAUCAUACAAUUGUUGGGCAAGUGCUCAAGAAAGAUUUACGUCAACUGAAAAUCACAACAAACAUCAAUUACGAAGAAUUAAAUAAAGAAGGGGAUAUUGAGUUAAUUCGAGUUGUGUGUCAAAUGAUGAAAAAGAACAUUGUCAUUCAAAUAUCACACACUUUUAGUGUUAUGACACUUAACUCCCUCGUUCAGAAGAGUCAAAUAGACGGAAAAGAAUUGAUUGAAAUUAUUGAAAGUGGGAUGAGAGAGGGACUCGACUGGGCUGUGACAGAAGACACCGUCUACUUUAACACUAACCAUAAGACUGUUGCCGAUUUUAGCAAAACAGAACAACUCAAAUUAUUCCAAGACGUCCUUGUGAACGCAGACGAGGUGAUGAUCGCAAACAAAAAACAGACGGACAAAACAAACAAGAAGUAG